GUAGUAUUAAGAGAUUGGAGAAACAUGCAGCCACUCCCAACUGAGCCACGUGUCAAUACAUUCGGGACAUUUGUAGAAGGUCAAAGAAGCGCACCAAAAUCGCCUCCUUCCCUUGGAGCUGCAAACGUUCCUCGUCAUUUUGCUUUCCCUCUCUGUCGGUUUUCCUCCUCUCUCUCUCCCUCUCUCUCUCUCUCCAUACUCUCUCUAGAUCGCGAAACUUGGAUAUGCAUUGCGGUCAACAGAUCUCGCUCGAUGAAAUUUGUCGAACAAAUUCUGAUUUGCUUGAUUUCAUGAUGAUUAUUCACAGAAAUAUUUCAAGUUAAAGCGGUUGAUUUUCGUGAUUUGAAGAAAGAUUACUUAUUUGUUGUUCGUUUAUGAAACAUUGCCUUUAGCUUGAAGAAUUGGGAAUUUUGAUGAUAGGCCAAAGUAAAAUAGAUAUACAUCUAUGAAGACUGGGGCACGGAAGUCGCCGCACCUGAUGCAGUUAGUUGAGACGCGGACGCUUCUUCGGCGGUUUCCGUACGAUUGUUUCAGAUGGAAUGGCAGAUCCUGUUAGUUAUGGGAAUUCUGAGCGUGACAUCGAGCAAGCACUUAUUGCUUUGAAAAAGGGUACCCAGUUAAUAAAGUAUAGCAGAAAAGGAAAGCCUAAGUUUUGUCCUUUCAGAAUUUCUACGGAUGAAAAAACAUUGAUCUGGUUCUCGCACGGAGAAGAAAGGAAUUUGAAAUUAUCUUCAGUGGCACGAAUUAUCCCUGGACAAAGAACUCCUGUGUUUAGAAGGUAUUUGCGCCCUGAAAAGGAUUACUUGUCAUUUUCACUUCUAUAUAACAACGGUGAAAGAUCUCUUGAUCUGAUCUGCAAGGACAAAGUUGAAGCAGAGGUUUGGUUUGCUGGCCUCAAGGCUUUAAUUUCUAGUGGCCAACAUCAUAAUAGGCGUACUAAGAGCGAUAUAUCUGACUUGCAAGACGGUGGUGAUUUUGUUCAGACUGGUCGUCCUUUUGGUGCAGCCUUAGAGUUCACUUCAAGUAUUUCACGUGGUAGAGUAUCAAUUGAAUACAGUUCUCGUGAAUCUUCUGUGAGUCUGGGAAGCUCAGAUGUGGGGUCAGAACGUGCAAAUAUGCAAUUAAGGACAAGUACUGGAGAUGGUUUUCGUCUUAGCAUUUCAAGCACUCCUAGCUCUUCAAGCCAAGGCUCUGGACCUGAUGAUAUAGAGUCACUAGGUGAUGUUUAUGUAUGGGGAGAGGUUUGGUCUGAUGGAGUUUCAACUGAUGGAUUUAUUAGCCCAUUUCCUGCAAAAAUUGAUGUGCUCACUCCUAAGCCUUUAGAAUCAAAUGUUGUUCUGGAUGUUCAUCAAAUUUCUUGUGGCGUUCGACAUGUUGCCCUUGUUACAAGGCAAGGUGAGGUUUUCACUUGGGGAGAGGAAGCUGGGGGUAGACUUGGUCAUGGAAUUGAUAAAGAUUUUAGUCGCCCUCACCUUGUUGAACAUCUAGCAGUUACUAAUGUUGAUUCAGUUGCAUGUGGUGAGUGUCAUACAUGUGCAGUGUCUACAUCUGGAGAUUUGUUUUCUUGGGGUGAUGGUUCCUAUAAUGCUGGGCUUCUUGGUCAUGGAACUGAUGUUAGCCAUUGGAUACCAAAAAGGGUGUCUGGUCCUUUGGAAGGGCUUCAAGUUCUCUCAGUUGCAUGUGGUAGAUGGCAUUCAGCAUUGGCAACUUCAAAUGGGAAACUGUUCACAUUUGGUGAUGGAUCAUUUGGUGUUUUAGGCCAUGGGGAUCGAGAAAGUGUUGCGUAUCCAAGGGAAGUUCAAUUAUUAAGUGGACUAAAAACUAUUAAAGUUGCAUGUGGAGUAUUACAUACCGCAGCUAUUGUAGAGGUUAUGAGCCAAUCCGGUGCAAAUAUAUCAAAUGUAUCAUCAAGGAAAUUAUUCACCUGGGGCGAUGGUGACAAAAACCGUUUGGGUCAUGGAAGCAAAGAAGCAUAUCUUCUUCCUACAUGUGUGUCUGGCCUUAUUGACUAUAACUUCCAUCAGAUUGCAUGUGGAUAUAAUAUCACUGUUGCCCUCACUACUUCAGGUCAUGUUUUUACAAUAGGAAGUACUGCAUACGGACAACUAGGCAGUCCACAUGCUGAUGGAAAGUUACCUUGGCUAGUACAAGAUAAAUUGGUUGGUGAAUUUGUUGAAGAAAUAUCUUGUGGGGCAUAUCAUGUUGCUGUCCUAACAUCGAGAAGUGAAGUAUUCACAUGGGGUAGAGGUGCAAAUGGGAGAUUGGGACAUGGAGACAUGGAAGAUCGAAGUUCCCCAACAUUGGUUGAAGCAUUGAAAGAUAGGCAUGUCAAAAAUAUUUCAUGUGGCUCAAAUUUCACUGCUAGUAUAUGCAUUCAUAAAUGGGUCUCUGGAGCAGACCAAUCAGUAUGUUCUGGUUGUCGGCAGGCAUUUGGUUUUACUAGAAAGAGGCACAAUUGUUAUAACUGUGGUCUAGUGCAUUGUCAUGCUUGUAGCUCAAAAAAAGCAUUAAGGGCGGCAUUGGCUCCGACUCCAGGCAAACCGCAUCGUGUGUGCGACUCUUGCUAUGCAAAACUUAAAGCUUCUGAGGCUGGCAAUGCCUCUAAUAUUAAUAGGAAAAUAGCAGCACCUCACCGCUCAAUUGACAUGAAGGAAAGGCCUGACAAAGGAGAGGCAAGAUCUUCGAGGAUUUUGGCACCACUGACCACAGAACCAGUCAAGUACCUUGAAGUCAAAUCAGUAAAAUAUGGGUCCAAAUAUGAUUCUCCUUCCAUCAUCAGAGCUUCACAAGUUCCAUCCCUUUUACAACUAAAAGAUAUCUCAUUUCCAAGUUCAUUAAGUGUUCUCCAAAAUGCGUUGAAGCCGGUUAUUUCCGCAGCACCACAACCUCCACUCUCUCCUCAACCAGUAAUCAACUCAAGACCUGCUUCUCCAUACUCACGGAGACCAAGCCCUCCACGAUCUGCCAUUCCUGUAUUUUCUAGGAGUGUCAUUGAUAGCCUCAAGAAGACAAAUGAAAUUUUAAACCAAGAAGUGUCUAAACUACAAAACCAAAUUAAGAGUUUGAAGCAGAAGUAUGAUGUUCGAGAUGUGGAGCUUCAAAAUUUGCGUAAAAAUGCUCAAGAAAUUGCUUCAUUGGCUACAAAGGAAUCUUCCAACUGUACAGUUGCGAAGGAAGUCAUCAUGUCUGUUGCAACACAGUUGAAUGAAAUGUCAAAGAAGUUACCUCCUGAGGUCCAUGAUUGCGAAACAUUCAAAGCUAUGAAUGCUCAAGUUGAAGCUUUUCUACAUACAGCUGGAACUGAAGCAUCUAAAGUUUCUUCAUCCUUAUUGGCAAAUUUGGAUUCUGAUCAACAAAAUACAGUAGGAAAAACUCCCUUAAUGCAAGAUCAUGGGAUGGAAGAUCAUUUAGAUGCUGUUGGAGCUGCUGAUCUAUCACAAAAUGGUGAAAGUAUACUUCAGGUUACUAGUAAAUUGCCUACUUCUGAUGCAAGAGUACCUCAACAAGGUACAGAAAUUAGCUCAAGGUUGCAUGAAGCAUCAAUAGUGAAGAAUGAUGGAGAGAAACAAAUUAUUGAGCAAUUUGAGCCCGGCGUUUAUGUAACUCUCAUUCAACUUCGCAAUGGAGUUAAGAUCUUCAAGCGCGUCCGAUUCAGCAAAAGAAGGUUCGACUCCCAUCAGGCAGAAGAAUGGUGGAAAGAGAACAAAGACAGGCUACUUAGGAAGUACACUCUCCCAUCAACGAGUGGUGUUCCAACCAUCACUCAAGCACGCGGUGAGGAAAAUGAAGAAGCAGCACCAUCUUCCCAAACAUAAUUUUGUAACUUAGUCUCCUAUCGAAAUGUAGAGAAUGGGUGGAAACCACAACCCCAUAUGGGACAACAUUUUGAAUAUGGUGAGCAUUUACCUUCUUGUGUUCAACAGAUUGCAGAAGUGGAGCAAAGGCUUUCACUUCUCAAUAAAAUAGGAAAAAAAUUUUGUAUUCCAUGUAUAGGAAAGAGAAUGGGCAAUAUAAAGAUCAUAUCAAAUAGGAGUCAUGCUUGGCUGUAAUUUUUUUAUUCAUAUUAUUCUUAGCUGUCGUUGUAUUGUUUAGGCAAAUGCUAAUUUUCAAUACUGUAUUUGUAUAGCAAACGAGCUUGACAUGUUUAAUGCUCUAACCUUCUAUUUACAAGCUUACUGAGCAUUCAAAAGUACAAUGUUUAACUAC